UAUUCACUCAAUUUUUUGUUUUGUUGGUUGGGAUAAUGGAUCAUGGUCAUAAUUUAUUUGUUUCUUCAGAUGGGUCUGUGGAAUCUGGUUGGACAGUGUAUUUGGAGAAUUCUUCUUCUUCUUAUUUCAGUAGAAGAAUUGAUGAUUCUAAUUUUGACGCUCAUAAGGAUUUUUAUAAUGAUGAUGAUGAUGAUGAAGAUGAAGAAGUGGAUUUGUCUAUGGUUUCUGAUGCUUCUUCUGGCCCUCAAACUUUCCCGGAACAUAAUAAUGAAGAACUUGUUAAUUUCCCUCAAAAUUAUGAGAACCCUCCGCCGUAUUUUUGCGCUAAAACCGCCGGACGGAGUUUGCUAAAAACUGGCCGGAAAAUGAAGGGCAGUGGCGAGCGACGACGGCAGGAGCAAACCACGUCGUUUCUUGAUGACACUGCUACUUCUGAUCCCAACUUCAACUUCAAUAAUAAUUCGGAGAAUUCAAGUUACCAAAACCAAUUUAACACCAUCAGAAAAUCCUCUCCAUCAGGAAACCAAAGGCAGAAAAAUCAGUGGUUUAAAGGGAAGAGAUCAGGAUUGAGGUAGAAUAUGAUUGAAUUUGGGCUUUGUGAAGACUAUGAAUUUGGCAAGAAGAGUGAUGGAGAAAUUACUAUCAUCUCUAUAUAUAAAUGUAUCAAUUUAGGGUUGUGAUUUGAGAUAUCAAAUGGGAGUUCUUUUUUCUUUUGAAUUUUUAUUUUGAACAUUGAAUUUCUUGUCAAUGGGGUUGUACUACUUUUGCUGUAGCCAUGAGGAACUGAAAAAAAUAACAAUUAUUAUUGUACUAAAUGAACAUGUGUAUGUUUGUAAAGAGAGAAUAAUUAAGCAGCAGUAAUAUUUUUUUUGUUUGUGUUA